CCUGAGGUCAGCCAACUACCCUUGUCUCUCCACAAUAGGGCUUGCAGCACACCUACCCCAGAUCUCCAACAUGGGUUUCGCAGUGAACAAGCUGUGGAGUGCACCGGAACUCAACCCGUACAACAGCAAGGCCAGGUCGAUUCCGGUACUCAACCCAGUCAACAAGUAUGGCCGUGUCUUCUUCUUCUCGUGGAUGGGCUUCUUCAUCGCUUUCUGGUCAUGGUACGCGUUCCCACCUCUUCUGAGCAAGAGUAUCAAGGCAGACAUGCACUUGUCGCAAAAUGAAAUCGGCAACUCCAACAUCAUCGCUCUAGUUGCGACGCUCAUCGUUCGAUUCAUUGCCGGCCCUAUGUGCGACAUCUUUGGCCCUCGUAAGACCUUUGCAACCCUGCUCUACCUAGGCGCGCUCCCAUCGGCACUUGCUGGUACUGCACACAAUGCCAUGGGACUAUACUUUAUCCGAUUCUUCGUUGGUGUCCUCGGUGGUACCUUUGUGCCGUGCCAGGUAUGGACGACUGGUUUCUUCGACAAGAAUGUUAUCGGAACUGCCAACGCGCUGGUCGGUGGCUGGGGUAACUCUGGAGGUGGUAUCACUUACUUUGUCAUGCCCGCAGUGUACGACUCGCUCAAGAAACAUCAGGGACUGAGCUCGCAUGCCGCAUGGAGAGUUUCCUUCAUCGUGCCCUUCAUUCUCAUCACUGCCACUGCUACUGGUCUACUCCUUCUCACCGAAGACACCCCGACCGGCAAGUGGGCAGACCGUGCUAAUGCUGUUCACCCUGCGCACACCGCUCAGCAAUCGGUAGUCUCUACCACUGGAGGCCUGGACGAGAAGCCUGCCGCAGCAGCCUCGAUCUCAUCGAGUGAAGAGAAGAAACACGCUCCCAGCACACCGACUGGUGAUGUUGAGUCAGCCACUGGGGAGGUCCAGGUCAUCGAUGGGUACCAGCACGAGGUGAUCCAGAAGCCCACUCUCAAGGAGAGCAUGAAGGUCGCCUUCUCGCUGCAAACCCUUUUCCUAUGCUUCUGCUACUUCAACUCCUUUGGCGGCGAGCUAGCCAUCAACUCCAUCCUGGGAUCCUACUACCUCAAGAAUUUCCCAUACCUUGGUCAGACCCAAUCGGGUCGAUGGGCCGCUAUGUUCGGACUUCUCAACGUGGUCACACGUCCGCUUGGCGGCUUCAUUUCCGACAAGAUCUAUGGAGCCACCAACGGAAACCUUUGGGCUAAGAAGCUGUGGAUCUGCUUUGUCGGUGUUGUCGCGGGCAUCAUGUGCAUUGUCAUCGGAAAAGUCAACUCGCAUGAUCAUGACACCAUGAUUGGCCUCGUAGCUCUCAUGGCCAUCUUCCUCGAAGCCGGCAACGGCGCCAACUUUUCUCUUGUACCCCACGUCCACCCUCACGCCAAUGGUAUCCUCUCCGGCAUCGUCGGCGCAGUGGGUAACUUCGGUGGUGUUAUUUACGCCAUCAUCUUCCGAUACCACGGCACCAACUAUGCGCAAGUGUUCUGGAUCAUUGGAAUAAUGAUGAUUGCCAUGAACCUUAUGUUUAUCUGGGUCAAGCCCAUCCCUAGCGGCCAGAUUGGUGGUCGCUAA